GGACCCAACCCGUCUGCGCGCACAGCUCCAUGAGGAACAGGGCUCCUGACCUACCGCUUGGCACAGGGACCAUACAAUAGUAUACCUUGAUGGUAAUGGAGCCAGAUUUGGGCCAGCACAUCAGUAGCAUUGUCAGCCAGACCAAGCCUCUUGGCCCCACUCGGACCCAACCCGUCUGUCCUCCGCUCGUGCCGCUCCGCCUCGACCAUGGCGACCGGGUGGAUCGACGACGUCAACCUGCUUGAAUGGGGCAAGACGGUCAGCUUGGUAAUAGUAUACCUUGAUGGUAAUGGAGCCAGAUUUGGGCCAGCG